GGCGCGCCGCGGGCAGCCCUUCAGCGUUACCCGCUCCCUCCGCAGUGCAGUGCUGAUGAUGAGCCGGCUAUUAUUGCGGCUGACCCCGGGCCUGCUGAGUCCGACACACCGGACCACACCGAGCUGCUGCCGGGCUGCUGGAGACCGGACGGGCGCCGCCGGUAAAACGCAGCCGGAGCGUCUCUCUCCAGCGGAACGUCAGCAGGUCCUCCAGGAGCUGAAGGGCAGCGGAUGGACAGAGCUGGAGGACAGAGACGCCCUGCACAGAGAGCUCACCUUCAACACCUUCAACCAGGCGUUCGGCUUCAUGUGUCGAGUGGCUCUACAGGCGGAGAGGAUCAAUCAUCAUCCCGAGUGGUUCAAUGUUUAUAAUAAGGUGCAGAUCACUCUGUGCACUCAUGACAGUGGAGGACUGACGCAGAAGGACGUCCGUCUGGCCAGAUUCAUCAAUAAGGUGGCUCAGUCCCUAUAGCUCGGUCCCCUCAGUGCCUGGAGUCAGGAUCAUUCAGGAUAGGGUCUGUGUCCCCAAAACACCUUCACCUGAUGAUGAUGAUGAUGAUGAUGAGCCGCUGAACGCUCAUUAAACAUCAGAUGUGUGUGUGUAAAUCUGCGGUUUAUCUGCCUCUGUGCUAAUUCAUUCAUUCAUACGUCCAUAUAUACAUUCAUUCAUCCAUUCAUAAGUGUAUUUAUUCAUUAAUGCAUGCAUUCAGUCAUAUCUGUUAAUUUAUUCAUUCAUUCAUAUAUCUGUUUAUUCUUUCAUUCAUCCAUUCAUCCAUUUUUUAUUCAUUUACUUUAUAUAUUAAUCUAUCAAUGCAUCAAUUCAUACAUCCAAUCAUUCAUUUACACAUAUAUAUAUAUAUAUAUCAAUUAAUUCAUUCAUUUAUGUAUUUAUUCAUUCAUUCACUCAUAUCUAUAUAUAUUUACAUUUAUGAAUUAGUUCAUUUUUUUAUCUAUUUGUUAAUUCAUUCAAUCAAUCACUCAUCUGUCUAUUCAUUCCUUCAUAUCUAUCUGUUCAUUCAUUCAUUCAUCUAUUCAUUCAUUCAUAUUCACCCACCCAUUCAUUAAUUCAUUGAUUCACAGUUAGUCAUUUAGGCUGGGGUCUGACUCUGUAAAUAAUAGGCCUGGUGUACUCCUGCAGAUUUAUGGAUCUCCACUCUGCCUCCGUCCAGAGAUCUCUGUGGACCCAUAAAAGCACUGAUGUUUAGCAGAAGCACUUCAGGGCUGUUUGAGGGUUAUAGUUGAGGGAUCAGCGGACUGAAAACACCACUGGCCAGCAGGUGUGAUGAGGUGGUUAAUUAAAUGAAGGUGUUUUUGCCCAAUCAAGCAUGCAACCUCAGGAAAACCUUUCAGGAUGUCAGGAUUUCCUAAAGACACACAGUCAAACAUUAGCAUCAGAAGGAGAAACUCCCUGAUUUCCAGAAGACUGACCGUACUGCAUAUCCAGCACACACAGCCAGAGCUGUCUCAAGGACAUGAUGAGUUUCAGAGGAGGCUCUCAUUCAUUUCCAUCAUUUCUUUAAUUCAUUCACUUUCACCCUUUCAUUCUAAUAACCAUUCACUCAUUUCCAUUCCUUCAUUCAUUCAUUCAUUUCCAUUCUUUUAUUCAUUCAUCUAUUCAUUCAACCAUCCUUAUAUUCAAUUGUUCAUUCACUCAUUUCCAUUACUUCAUUCAUUCAUUCAUUUUCAUUCUUUCAUUCAUUCGAAUAAUCAUUCAUUCAUUUCCAUAAUUUAAUUAACUUGUUCAUUCAUUUAUUCAUUUCCACCCUUUCAUUCCUUCAUCAUUCAGUAAAUCUAUUCAUUCAACUAUCCAUUCAUUCAUUCAUUCAUUCAUUCACCCAUCUCCUGAAGUGUUUCCAGUGUUGUGUGUGUGUCCAUCAGUUGUUUGGUCUGUUCAGUCUGUGUUUAUAGUCACUGCUUUAUUACGGUGUGAUGCAGUCUGGGAGGAACUGACCUUUUAUUAUUAGUGAAACUGAACAUUAGCAGAGAUGUUCACACACAUCCAAAUACACAUAAUCAAUAAUAUUGAUAAAAAAUAACAACAUGAAUAAAUAAAAAUGAAUGAAAAAUAA